UACUUUCAGUUUUACUCUGCAGACUUUAACUCUGUCAACAUGUUGCCACCUGUGUUGCUGCUGCUGCUGCUGUUAAUCAGCGGAGCUCAAGCUUCUUUUUAUGGUGUUGUCUUCAACUACGCUUUUGGAAACCUUCAGCCAAGUGGAUACGCAGUACCAUAUGACUUUAAGUUGAGCUUCAAAUCCUGUGAAGAGUUCAACACUCAGACUUGUAAUGGAUACUGUAGUGGGCCAACUUAUUCAAUCGAUGAAAUCGGAGGUGAAUGGUGUCAGAAAGGAUAUGCUGACACUUUCUAUUAUCCAUACCUGGAUAUGUUAGUUCAAUCGGUCAGUACUUCAGCCUGGACAGAAAACAGAAAUGGGAUUGUAUCAUCGAAAGCAGUUUUGCAGUUUGACUUGAGAAACCGGUCUGACAUCAACGAACCCAACUCAUCGCCCCGGACCACCAUCCUCCCUCUAGUCAGAGUUCCUUCAAACUGUCAGAGAAACAUCAACCUGCUGGUCUCUGAUCCAGAUGGAGACGACAUUAGAUGCAGAUAUGCAGCUGGAUCAGAGUGUGACAUCUGCACUCCUCCGUCUGUCCUCAGCCUCUCAUCUCCUUGUUCUCUGUCAUUCAGUCCCACUAACAGUAGCGAUGAAGGUCCGUAUGCGGUUCAGAUGGUGGUGGAGGAUUUUCCCAGGCAGAACGUCACUCUGACUAAUAGCUUUGGUAUACAAGUGAUGAAAACUGCCAGCGACGCCAUCAGCACCAUGCCUGUCCAGUUUGUUUUUAAAGUGGAUCCUGCAGCUCCAUCCUGCACAGAAGGUGAAUAUCUGCCCAGGUUUCUGCCUCCAACUCCACAGAACGGAGAUCAGAUCAACACCAACGUUAACCAGACUGUGGAAAUCAUCAUCAGAGCAGAAGCAACCCAGGCUGAUACCACUGAGCUCCUGUUCUCCGGGCCGUCCGGAUUAACCAAGAGUUCAUCAGGAUCAGGAAACUUCACCCUGACAUGGACACCAUCGGCCAGUGAAGCAGGACUGAAUCAUCAUCUCUGCUUCGUUGUCCAAGCAAAUUCCUCCGGCUCUGUUUACCAGUCUGACCUUCGAUGCGUCAUUGUGGCGGCUGGGAACAGUCCAGUCACAGCUUCCCCUCCAACUACAACUACACCUCCACAACCCACAACUACACCUCCACAACCCACAACUACACCUCCACAACCCUCAACCACACCUCCACAACCCACAACUACACCUCCACAACCCUCAACCGCACUUCCACAACCCACAACUACACCUCCACAACCCACAACUGCACCUCCACAACCCUCAACUACACCUCCACAACCCACAACUGCACCUCCACAACCCUCAACUGCACUUCCACAACCCUCAACUACACCUCCACAACCCUCAACCGCACUUCCACAACCCACAACUACACCUCCACAACCCACAACUGCACCUCCACAACCCUCAACUACACCUCCACAACCCACAACUGCACCUCCACAACCCUCAACUGCACUUCCACAACCCUCAACUGCACUUCCACAACCCUCAACUGCACUUCCACAACCCUCAACUGCACUUCCACAACCCUCAACUGCACCUCCACAACCCACAACAACUGGACCUCCUUCAUCCUCCAACCCAAACUCAACACCAGCCUCAGAAUCAUAUUAUGUUUUGGCUCUGAGUGCAAAGCUUUCCACUUCACUGUCACUGAAGAAUGAAUCUGCAAUCAUCCUCAACCUGAUCAAAGAGGAGAUGCAAAGUCAAGGACUGCCAGCAGGAAUAAUAGUGAAGCUGCUGGGCAUUGGUGGAGUGCAAAUCGCCCCCUAGUGGACACAAAUAAGAAUGAAUCUGAUCCUGGCUGGGAAGCGUGAUAUAAAAUGUUUUCUUUAAUCUUUGAUUCAUAGUUAUACUUAUUUUAAUAAAUCAUAAGGAGUCGGAAUAUUCACAGUUCUUCAUUAAUUAAGGCAAACUGAGUGAAAUUAGAUUUUCACACUCUCAUUUGGCCUCAUAAUAGUAUAAAGUAUUUUAAGAGACAGUUUCUAAAUAAACUCUUAGUUGUUAGUUUACAUAAUAUUUUGAUAACUGAGCUCUGUAACAUAGGUGUCUUCAUAUAAUCCCAGACUCACUUCAAGAUGUUAAAUUGAAAGUUUUCAGUUAUAUCAACAACUCCUUGUUCUUCUUUACGCUGGCUAUGAUUCUUGAUACUGUUGGCUGCAGGUUUUCGCUUUUUGUUUGGGUUUAGAGUAAACUGCUGAAGCAGUCAAAGGCUGUCGUAAUGUGAAAGCUAAAAAGGUGAAAGGGGAAAAGUCAUAGUUAUAAAUGAACUUGGCAAAGUCAAGUUAUAUAAAUACACAUUAUAAUAAAGAUGCUGAAGAGUUUUGUGCUACUUAUUAGAUCUAUUCCUUUUUGCAUGGCUGUUUUCUUAAUAAUUUACUGAAACCACUGCUAUGAUCACCAACCACAACCUUCGGCUGCACAGCCACAGAGUCAAAUAGGAUAGAAACAGAAUCUGUGCAAGCACUGGUGUUUUCUCUGGUUUUUGUACUUUGCUUAAGCAAUAAAAAAUUGUAACCAAAA